CGCAACCCGCCAUAAAACCAAAAGAAGAAGAAGAAGAAGCAGUGUGCAUUGCGCAGAGAGCUGCCUUUAAAGAUGGCGCUGCGCGGUAGUCCAGUGAGAAGAGUUCUCUGUUAUCACCUGUAAAACUAUGACCUGAAAAAAGACAUCCAAAAGCUAUAUUAUAAAACAGAAGACAUUCCAAUAAUAUCAGACUAGCCUAUCUUGGCAUUUGGGAAGUAAAAUGCCUUCUCCUAAAGCGCGGAGCAGCGGCAGUGUUCCGUGUACCGGUGGAAACGGGCGCUACGAGUUCAUUUCUCUAAGCCGAGCUCCCCCCCCGCCGCAGCUGCUGCAGAGGCAGGGCUCUGAUCCCACCACGGCCCGGCUCCGAGCCUCCGAGAGCCCCAACCGACGACGCGGCUCGGGUUCGUCCACUUCUUCCACCGGCGGGCAGCAGUUACCGGAGGAAGACUGUAUGAAACUAAACCCGUCUAUCGUCGGCAUCGCGCUCAGCUCUCUGCUGGCCAUCGACCUGUGGCUGUCGAAGCGGCUCGGAGUGUGCGCCUGUGAGGACUCGUCCUGGGGCAGCGUGCGACCCCUCAUGAAGCUCGUCGAGAUCUCAGGACACGGGAUCCCGUGGCUGGCCGGUGCCGCGUACUGCCUGUACAAAAGCGACAGUGCCGCCGGUCAGGAGGUCAUGCUGAACCUGCUCAUGGCCUUGGUUCUGGACCUGGUCCUGGUCGGCGUAAUGAAGGCUGUAGUGCGGCGGCGACGUCCUGCCCAUAACCGUAUGGACAUGUUUGCCACAUUCUCUGUGGAUGGCUAUUCCUUCCCAUCAGGCCAUGCCACACGUGCUGCAAUGUGCGCCCGCUUUCUAUUGGCCCAUCUGGUGCUGGCGGCCCCACUCCGCGUUCUUGUCCUGCUCUGGGCCACAUUUGUUGGUUUUUCUAGAGUUCUCCUCGGACGCCAUCACGUGACAGAUGUCGCAUUCGGUUUCUUCAUGGGCUACUGGCAAUAUAAUUUGGUUGAGAUGCUCUGGUUGUCUCCAGUCAUGUUACAAAGCACGAUUGGACGGCUUCAUUGAGAAGCUAAGACUGAGGUCCCCAUUAUUUGGAGGAUUUCUUGACACAUUCGGUUGCUGCCAGUAUGCUGGAUUGGUCCAUAUCAAAAAAGGAGGAAGGAUGGUAUGAUCUCUGGCUUCUAACAUCAGUGUUCUUGUUUACAGAAUAAAAUCUCACCAUUGUGAUACUAAAGUUUUUAACACUAGGCAACAUUUUGAAGAUUUUGCUACCAUUUUAAUCAAACACCAGCCAGAUCUGUAAUUAACAAGAAAAGCUCUUCAUGAAUGAAUAUUUAAUUGAGCAAGGGAAGAGUACAUUUCAGCACAGAUCUAAUACCUUUAGGGUAUGUGGCAUCCUCAAUAGAUGUUCAUGGUGGAGUAGUUGUUAUCAUCUCUGAAGGGUUCCUCAUUACACUGAUAUCUAAAGUCUGAAGUCUUUUGCUUGUGUUUUAAAGAUCUGUUCUGUGUUCGUGUCUCAAAAGAGUGAAAUUGUUCUUUUUCUGUGCAUUUAUUGUGACCUUGUUAGCCACUGUUAAAUUUUAUUGCACUUUUUGAUGCAGUCUUAUUGAUCUGUGAAGUAGACGUUUGUUGUAUUUUGCUAUGGUUUUAUUAAAAUUUGCUGGUUUUUAAUUGGGUUAAAGCCACAGCUGUGAUUAUAGAGCCAUAAAUCACAUGACAUGCUGCAGAUUGUUGCCA